ACUAAUUAUACAGUGAAUGUAUUUUUCUACAAUAAAAUUGUGCACGUCUUCCAACAUGACUGAUUUACUUAAAUCUUUAAUACUCGUAUCUGAAAAAGCAGCAAAUAUCGCAAGAAUAUGUAGACAAAAUGAAUAUUUAUUCAGUAAAUUAAUCGAGGAGAAAAAGAAUGAUGCAAAUCCAAGAUUCUUUCAAGACUUUAAAACAUUAGCCGAUGUUUUGAUACAAGAAUCAGUGCGACAUGAUAUUUCCACAAAGUUUCCAGAACUCCACGAUUUCAUACAUGGAGAAGAGAAUAAUAAAUUCAGUAACACUAUGGGUGAGAGUAUUAUUGUGAGUGUUAAAGAAACGGAAGCCGAAACCUGUGCUCUCUUACAAAAGGUAUGUGAUGAUGGACCAUGUGCUGAAAUAUUAGCAAAAGAAGUUCAUAGAGAAAUAACUCACGAAGACAUUGAAAAUAGCACUAGUCAUGACUUUCCAACAUUUGAGAUAGAAAAUAUGAAGGAUAUGGCUAUAUGGAUUGAUCCGAUAGAUGCAACUUUAGAAUAUAUAAGAGGAGAUCAAAAAGAGAGCAGUUUAAAAGGAGUAUUAUCAAAUGGUUUAAUUUGUGCGACUGUUCUGAUCGGUGUCUAUAGUCAGAAGACAGGUGAACCGAUACUUGGAAUUAUAAAUCAACCUUUCCAUACCUUAUCCAAUGAAAGGUAUACCAGCAAGAUUUAUUGGGGAGUAACCUUCGACAAGACAAAAAAGCAUUCUGAACAUAAUAUCAAAAAUGAUAUUAGACAAAACUUAACAUUUGCAGUGAGUUCAAAUGAAAAUGAAGAAUUAAUUAAUUACCUUCAACAGUGUGGUGUCUAUACUGUCCCUCUUGCUGGAGCCGGAUACAAAAUACUUAAUGUUAUUAUUGAUAAUUGUGAUUGUUUUAUUUUGUCAAGAGGAUCAACAUACAAAUGGGACACAUGUGGGCCCCAUGCCAUAUUAAGAGCUAUGGGAGGUGGAAUUAUACAGUUUGCACCAACAGUAUCACAAAGUAUGGACUCAGAAAUACCAAAUGAUCUAUGCAUCACAUACAAUAAGGAAAAUAAAAAUUCAAACGGAUUAAUAGCUUAUAAAGAUCCUAGAAAGUUGCAGGAGCUUUUAACUAUGCUCUGCAAUAAGUACAAUAAAUAAGCUAUUGAAAACAAAGCUAUAUUUGUUGAAAAAGUAAGUUUGUUAUAAGAUAACAUACACAUUGUCA